AUGGAGAGGUUAUACACUCUCGCUGCUGCCAAGAAGUGCUUGGCGGAUUUGGAGUACUCACUCAAUGUGGUGCCUGAGGAGGAGGACCCCAAGGCUGCCCGCAAGGGCGCCACCAUCACCACUGAUGACCUAGCCGAUGGUCUGGCGAAGAAAUUGUCCGUGCAGCUGCUGGACACCGCCAGGAUCUCGUCUGUGCGCGCUGAUGAGCAGCAGCCAGGGACGAGAGGGCGGCCCAGGGCGCGAUCCCUCGAUGAGGGCUGCUGCCUUCAUGCAC